AUGGCGUCUUCAUCUAAACAACAAGUUGGUUCGUCUUCUCAACAACAAGAACAAGAUCAUCAGCAACACCAGAAUGUUCCUCAAAAGACUUGUUUGAUUCCUAUGGAUGAAUUAGAAGUUCUUGCUGAAAUGAUGGUCGAUUUUGAUAAUCUAGAAGAACAUGACAUUCAUCUGACGGAAGACAAGAAAUUUCAAGGAUGGGAAAAUUUCUUCUAUCGUUUGUGUGGACCAGUUUACCCAGAUUUGGUCAAGGAGUUCUGGGUUCAUGCUUUAAUCAUGCCAAAAGCAUUUCUGUCCUUCUUUCAUGGUGAAGAAAUAUCUAUCACUGAAAAUCUUCUCAAAAAAUUAUUUAGUCUUGAAACCGCUGAAGGUGCUUCUAGAGCCAUAAUUGGAAGAACAGAUUGA